GCAGUGGCCUCCGGCGCCCGUCGCUGGGAGGAGCGACUUCGAGACUGUCCGCCGCGCUCGCCGAGUCUGUCCAGCGGCCUGCCCGCUAGUGAUUUGUGGACCAAUAGGCGGCUCGUUUGCCGGGCUACCUGUCGGCUGGCCAGGCCAGGUAGCGUCCGGCAGUCGACGCGAGGGAUAACCGGGGCAGCUACCGCUGCGCCGCGCGCCGUCCGUCCCGCCGCCGCCGCCGCUGCGCCGCGACCGCGCCAGUGCAGUGUGGAGCACAGAGCGAGCGAGGUCGAUCUGCGAACCGGGUGCGUGCGAGAUGUAGGGCCGCUACAGUGGACCGCGGAGCACAGCGCGAAUCGUCAGUGAUCGGAGCUGAACAGCUGAGAGAGACAGGAGACCGGAGGAGCCAGGAGAGGAUCACCACGGCAGUCCCAGGAGCAUCAGGUGCCGCCGCCGCCGCCGCCGCCGCCAUGUCCCUGGCCGAGGAGUACGGCGCGGGGCCGUCGUCACGGCCGUACCCGCCGGGCCUGUACCCGCCGUUCCCGUCGUCGGCGCCGGGCCCGGCCGGUCUCGGCGCCGAGGGAGAGCCGUCGGCGUUCCGACCCGUGGUGGCUGGCCGCGCCGGGGCGCCCAAACCGGCGCCGCACCCGAGCGCCGCGCCGGGCAACAAGUACGCUGAGUACCCGGGCCUGGUGGGGGCGUUCGGCGCUCCCGGCCUGCUGGGCCCGUUCGGAGCCGGCGCGCCCGUGCUCGGCCCGCUGCCGCUCGGCUCGCUGACACAGCACAUCCUGCCGGGCGUGUUCGACCGCCGCUAUGUGCGCAUCCCCGGCCGCGCCAGCCGGCCGCGCAAACAGUUCAUCUGCAAGUUCUGCAACCGACAGUUCAGCAAGAGCUAUAACCUGCUGAUCCACGAGCGGACGCACACCGACGAGCGGCCCUAUCCGUGUGACAUUUGUGGAAAGGCGUUCCGGCGGCAGGAUCAUCUCCGGGAUCACAAGUACAUCCACAGCAAGGAGAAGCCGUUCCGAUGCACCGAGUGCGGGAAGGGAUUCUGCCAGUCCCGGACUCUGGCCGUUCACAAGAUCCUCCAUCUGGAGGAGUCGCCGCACAAGUGUCCCACCUGCGGCAAGUCGUUCAACCAGCGCUCCAACCUCAAGACCCACCUGCUGACGCACACGGACCUCAAGCCGUACGAGUGCCAGGCCUGCGGGAAGGUUUUCAGGCGCAACUGCGACCUGCGGCGUCAUUCUCUGACCCACUCACUGGGCGACGCGUCGGCGGCGGACGAACCGGCGGCCGGACCGAGCGCCGGACCGAGCGCCGCCGCAGGAAGCUCUACCACCUCCCCGCCGGACGCGCACGACGUCGACGAAGACGAAGACGAGGAAGAAGAUGAGGACGAGCCUGCCGAAGAUGAAUGCAGCGACGUGGAUGUGGUCGGAUCGUCGGGCGAUGAGCGCGCUCCGGGAGACACGUCACACGAGGAUGGUGACGGAGUCGUCACGACGCAUGCGGCUAGCGCUGAGGUCACACACAGGAGUGAUGACGCUGUUACGGUCGGUGCGGAGGGCGUCAUCCGCAGCGCUGAGACGUCGGCGCGCAGCAGCGAGCCGCUCAUCCGUGGAAACGAUGCCGUCAUCCGAGGAGGCGCGGAUGCUGUGAUUCGUAGCGGCGACCCCGUCAUCCGUAGAAGUGAUCCCGUCAUCCGAAGUAGCGAUCCCGUCAUCCGUAGCGGUGCUCCCGUCAUCCGUAGCGGUGACGCCGUCAUCCGAAGUGGCGAGCCCGUCAUCCGAGGUGGUGACGCCGUCAUCCGAGGCGGCGCACACGUCAGCGUACCGCCGAUGCGUCCCGCACAGCCUUCAGCCAGCCGGUCCACAGGCUUCAGCAUAGACGACAUCAUGAAGCGAUGAGGCUGAUGAUCGGGCCGGAGACGCGGCCAGCGUCGCUAUCGGUACAGACGCCGAGUGAUUGCCGUUGAGACCUUGUCUGGUGCUCAGUGACCGCCCCUGAGGCCACCUCUGGUGCUCAGUGACCGCCUCAGGCGCUCUGAGGUCGCGGACGGGACGGGACUGAGCGAUGACAGUUAGUCGAGGUUCAGGUGAUACCACGCCGACUGGAGGGACCUCGCGAUCCGUGCGAGAUGAAUGUGAUUGUGCGGCCCGGCGAGUCGCCGGACCGGCCAAGACGCAUGCGCAGUGGGACUUUCAGAGCCUUCGCAGGCCUUCGCAUCGCGUGUGGCUGUGCAAAAUGUUAUUUGUGUUCACGGGGUGCUUAGCGUGGGACCAGUCGGUGCAUGACGCUUGUCGGUAAUCAUACCGACUGCCAUUGAAGUCCGAUGGAAUAUGCGACCCGAGUCUUGUCUUAAAGUUGUUACGAUGCUUUGUCGAUGAAGCUGCCCGAAUUUGCCGUUAUGUUAUCCCAAAAUUAUUGCUGCAUGCUGCUUUAUUGCCUUGAUGACAAUCUGGAUGCAGAAUCCCUUUGUUAUCCAUAUGAUGGAUAUUUACGUGAGCGAUAAUAAAUCCCUGUGUAUCUAUACAGCGGCCAUGAGCUUCCAAAGUCAUGAUAUAUCGGCACCGGCCGAUGUUGUACGAUGGGCGACAGAAGCGGCCCCGUUAGCGGGGCUCGGCUCGCCCUUUGUUGUUGUUACAGUGCGGGUGUGCUUGGGGAGGGGAGGGGAGGGGGCAGAGUUGCGGCGAUCUCUGGUUAGACAGGGUUCGGACGGUGCAUCGCCACAGAGCGUCUGGGGUGUAUUGCGGCACAGCAUCCCCGCUUCGGCAGGCGCCGCGCAAACCCUCGGAUAUCCCGCCCCGUCAGGGUCUGUAUUCCCUUCGUGUUUGUUCGAGUGCUCUGGUUCUCCGAUUGCUAGUAAUAUGCCCUAUUAUAAGUAGCCAUUAUCAGACACAAUAUCAGCAGAUGAGUUGGAGUGCGAUGCAGGGGCUGGGCUGGCAUUAUGUCGGCAGUCGCCGCAGUAUUUGUGGUGACUAUUGGGAUGGCGCUGAACGUGUGUCGAAAAAUAUGCCGUCGAGGAGGAGCGGUGUACGAAUUGAGAGUCGCUCAUAGUACCUUGUACUGCUGAGUGUGCCUUGUACUGAUGGUGGUGCCUGAAUAACUGUAAAUAAACUUGGUUGGCUGUUAGAAA